AUGAAACAAAUUGCCACAGGCUCUGCUGACUCCUGUGUGAUGAUCUGGAACAUGAAGCCUCAAAGUCGAGCUUAUCGGUUUGAUGGCCACAAAGACGCUGUUACAUCAGUGCAGUUUUCUCCAUCGGGACAUCUUGUAGCUUCUGCCUCCCGAGACAAGACCGUACGACUUUGGGUUCCCAGCUUGAAAGCAGAGUCGACUUCCUUCAGAGCUCACACAGCGUCAGUGCGGAGUGUGAGUUUUUCUGGAGACGGACAGAGUCUGGUCACAGCCUCCGACGACAAAACGGUGAAAGUUUGGACAGUUCACCGACAGAAGUUUCUGUUCUCCUUGAAUCAGCACAUUAACUGGGUCCGCUGUGCCAGAUUUUCUCCAGACGACCGCCUCAUUGUUUCCACUAGCGACGAUAAAACGAUCAAGUUAUGGGACAAAAACAGUAGAGAAUGUAUUCACUCGUUCUAUGAGUAUGCUGGGUAUUCGAACCAUGUUGAGUUCCAUCCAAGUGGAACGUGCAUCGCUGCUGCUAGUACUGACCACUCUGUGAAAGUCUGGGACAUCAGGACACAUAAGAUGCUCCAACAUUAUCAAGUGCACAGCGGCGUUGUGAACAGUCUGUCGUUCCAUCCAAACGGGAACUUCCUUAUAAGUGCCUCUGGAGACUCCACUCUGAAAAUCCUGGACCUUCUGGAGGGAAAGCUCCUCUACACACUGCAUGGACAUCAGGACUUUCAGGAGAGCAGGCGGCCCACUCUCUGUGACUCAUCCUGGGGCUGUUGGAAGGAAACUCUCCCCCUCUCUGUGGUCCUUCUCUUGUUCUCAGGUCCUGUUACCUGUUCGGCCUUUUCCAAAAAUGGAGAAUUCUUUGCUUCUGGGGGAAACGAUGAGCAGCUGCUGGUGUGGAAGACCAAUUUUGACAUUUGUGAGACGCAGCACAGGAGCAGCUUACAUCCACCACAGCAGAGUCAGCCUUCAGAAGCAGCAGCUGUGACCCGAGCAGACGGCCACAGCGUUCCGCGCUCUCACAGUCGUAACGGGACCAUACAGCGACCGGGACAGUCCCAAACCCAGAGAAAAGUGUGCCUCGGCUCCUCCACUCCUCCCCCGCCCUCGCAGCCACUGGAGCCUGCCUCAGAGGGGGCGCUCAGCAGCACCCUGGGGCACAUCAUCGGUCAGCUGGACAUCCUCACACAGACUGUUUCGAUCCUGGAGCAGCGUCUGACUCUGACGGAGGACAAGCUGAAGGAGUGUUUGGAAAACCAGAUGGAGCUGAGUGCACUGCUGCAGACCAGAAACCAGGAACCGGCAAGCAGGGACUAA